CACCUGGUAGCGGUCUCUGGGAGAAGGGGACGAAAAGCCUCGAGCGGCUGUUAGACUGUUGGCUAUCGGUGUGGAAUUGAUAUAAGAAAGUAUUUUGUUGUUGAAGUAAAGAAAAAAACCAACUGAACAAACAAACAAACACAAAACGCUUUACACAGGUGUGUAAAUCUUUAGUCUUUAAAUCGUCGACUCAUAGGGUAAAGUGAACGGCAGUGAUUUUAGUCUCGCGCGCUCGUGCGUGCGUGCGUGUGUGUGUGUGUGUGUGUGUGUGUGCGUGUGCUGGAUUUUUACCUGCUGUGAUCCACUACACUGACCAACGGAAAACUUUCCAGGUCCGAAAGCUUCUUGUUUCCUGGCAUUUCGGCAUGUCUGGGGUAGUCACUCCAGAUAGGUAACCGGGUGUGUUGCUGUUGCCAUGGCAACGCGGCUGCAGCCGAUGUUGCGUCUGGUCGUCGUCCUCCUCCUCUUCCUCCUCAGCGCCCUCCUGCUCUCCUCGACGGCAGCGCAGGACCACGAGUGGCAUUUUGACUCGACUACUUGUCGUUAUGCCCUGGGGAUGGAGGAUGGAACGAUCCCAGAUUCAGAUAUCUCAGCAUCCAGUGCCUGGUCUGACUCUACGGAGGCUAAACAUGGCAGGCUGAGUACAGGAGAGGGGGAUGGGGCAUGGUGUCCUUUAGGACCGGUGUUCCCCAAUCCAUCAGAGUAUCUGCAGGUGGACCUGCACAAGCUGCACUUUCUGUCUCUGGUGGGCACGCAGGGUCGCCAUGCCGACGGGCACGGACGGGAGUUUGCACGUAGUUACCGGCUCCGUUACUCGAGGGACGGCCGACAGUGGAUCACCUGGAAGGACCGAUGGGGCCAAGAGGUGAUCUUGGGCAAUGAGAACACAUAUGAUGUGGUUCUAAAGGACCUGGGUCCUCCCAUCAUAGCGCGAAUGGUCCGGUUCUACCCCUUGGCUGACCGCAUGAUGAGUGUGUGUCUGAGGGUUGAGCUCUACGGCUGCUUGUGGAGCGAUGGACUGAAGGCCUACACUGCACCAAUGGGUCACAUUAUGCACCUUUCUGGCUCCCCUGUUUAUCUCAACGACUCCAUCUAUGACGGCAGCGUGGAGGCAGGGGUGUUGUUUGGAGGUUUGGGGCAGCUAUGUGACGGGGUGUUAGGAGGAGAUGACUUUGCAGAAACUAAGGAGCUACGGGUCUGGGCGGGUUACGACUACAUUGGCUGGAACCGUGAAGCGAUGGGAAAACCUACAGUCGACAUAGAGUUUCACUUUGAGAAACCACGUCUCUUUCACACCAUGCAGGUGCACAGCAAUAACAUGCACACGCAGGGUGUGCGUGUCUUCUCUGAGGUGUUGUGUGAGUUUAAGGCGAGCUUGCUGAGCCCGUGGAGUGAGCCAGCUCUGAGCGUGCACGUGCCCCUGAGCGACCUACGAGACCCCUCCUCGCGCACAGUCACGCUGCCUCUGGGCGGCCGGCCUGCGCACAUCCUCCGCUGCCACUUCACCUUCUCUGACCGCUGGCUGCUUAUCAGCGAGAUCAACUUUUACUCUGAGCCUUUUGAUAGUGGCUUACCAUCACCCUCUGUAGCGACGCCUCCUCCCUCCCUCACUUCUCGCUCUCCUCUCCUCACCUCGCCUCCUUUGACCUCUUCCAUCUUUCCCAACACUACUAAUUCCAGCAGGCACCAAACAGAUGAGGCUGAUGAUGAAAUCGUUGCUAUCACCCAAAGGACAGGAGUGCCUGUUGUUAAGGAUGACAGCAGUAACACUGCUAUCCUGAUUGGCUGCCUUGUAGGCAUAAUACUACUGCUAUUGGCCGUCAUCGUCGGUAUUCUGUGGAGGCAGUACUGGAAGAAGCUGCUCGGCAAGGCCCAGGGCAGUCUCUCCAGCGACGAGAUGCGAGUUCACCUCUCGGUUCCGACGGAGAACGUGGUGAUCAAUAACACAAACACGCACACGUACUCCAGUCGUUACCAGCGCAUACACACCUUCCCCGAUGACGCAGAGAGAGAUGCAGAGUACCAGGAGCCCAGCACUGUGGUACGGCCUCGGGAGCAGCGUGACAGCACAGCCUUGCUGUUAUUCAACCCAGCCUAUCACCUUCUUCUGUCUGACCUGAGAUACGGCCUCAACAGGCUGCCAAUCAGCUCCAGAGAGUCUGUUAAACCCCAAAACCUGCCCCAGGCAUGCAGUCUAGAUACGGACGAUAAAGAGCCGCCUGUUCAGGAAGGACCGCCUCCAUACCCCGGAGCCCCGCCUCCCCUGCUGGGAGCUCAUUAUGCAGAAGCCACAGGGGGCGGGCCCAGUGUGCCUCAUUAUGCAGAAGCAGACAUCAUCAGCCUGCAGGGUGUAAGCGGUAACAACACCUACGCGGUCCCUGCCCUCUCAGCCACGCCCGCCGAGUGCCCACCCCUUCCCGAGCUACAGCGGGAACGACUCCUCUUCAAAGAGAAGCUUGGAGAGGGCCAGUUUGGAGAGGUUCAUCUGUGCGAGAUAGAAAACCCUCAAGACCUCCCGAAUCUCGAGUUCCCUUUCAAUGUGAGGAAAGGACGCCCUCUGCUGGUAGCGGUGAAGAUUCUGCGGCCUGAUGCCUCGAAAAACGCCAGGAACGACUUCCUGAAAGAGGUGAAGAUCUUGUCUCGUCUGAAAGAUCCGAACAUAAUCCGCCUGCUGGGGGUGUGUGUGAGCAGUGAUCCUCUGUGCAUGGUUACUGAAUACAUGGAGAGCGGUGACCUUAACCAGUACCUCUCCCAGCGAGUGUUACUGGACAAGACCGGGCCGCUGCACAACAUGCCAACCAUCAGCUACCCUGCCCUGAUCUCCAUGGCGAGUCAGAUAGCAUCAGGGAUGAAGUUCCUGGCCUCACUUAACUUUGUGCAUCGAGACUUGGCUACGCGUAACUGCCUGGUUGGAGGAGAGCGGGGUGAAGGAGACGACAGGACGGGAGAGAGGCACAUCAAGAUCGCCGACUUUGGCAUGAGCCGGAACCUUUACGCCGGAGAUUACUACAGGAUCCAAGGGAGGGCGGUGCUUCCUAUCCGAUGGAUGGCCUGGGAGUGUAUUCUCAUGGGCAAGUUUACUACUGCCAGUGAUGUGUGGGCAUUUGGAGUGACACUGUGGGAGAUGCUAAGUGUAUGUCAGGAGCAGCCCUAUGGUCACAUGACUGAUGAGCAGGUCAUCGACAAUGCAGGGGAGUUCUUUAGAGACCAAGGAAGACAGGUAUACCUGGCUCGGCCGGCGGUUUGUCCCCAGGGCCUGUAUGAGCUGAUGCUGGGCUGCUGGAACAGAGACUGUAAACUCCGGCCCUCUUUCACACAGAUUCACUCCUUCCUCACCGAGGAUGCCAUGAACAUGGUGUAAAGAGACGGACACACGAAACAAGUGUAUCUCUCCUUCAGACAGACGAGGGCCGUUUGUGUAGCCUGCACAAGCUGGUCGGAGGUGAUAUUUGGUGUAGAAGUAGGCGGAGCUAAGCACUCUUAUGUAAAUUUGCGCAAUUUACCUUUGGCAGGUCAGGGCUGGAAGAUGCUGCUGGUUCGGUUCUCGUGCUCGACCCUGCUUCAGACCUAGAACCCUAAUCCCUUACACCCUAAACCUAAUGUUAGUUCAUCUGUAGUCCUGAACUAAUCACAAAUCUGCAGUACAUCUUAAAUCUCUCACUGAUUA